UCACCGAAGCUUGCGUACUUCAUUUCAACGCUCUGUUCUUCUUUUUCCUCUAUCAAAUCGCCUGGAGUUUAAUUGAUAUCGUGACUUGCACAAAGGAUGGUUUUGGGUCGCGAGCUCCGACACUCAAAUUGAACUAAAGGCGGGAGGCGCGAGCGCUGAGGGGAAUGAAGCGCGAGAGGGGAAGCCGAGACAAUAAAUAGAAGCUGCCGCUUAACGGUAGCCGUAGCGUCCGUCAUGGAACUGAGGGGGAAACGUAAGUAGACGUUUAAAACGGACUCUCAGACGAAUUUAAAACGCUCAAAACGGACUCUCAAAACUAGUAAAACACAACGAAAAUAAGCUCUCUCCUCUCAAACAAACGGUUGGUUUCAGAACUUGGACAGCUCCCUGGUGCUGCCGCCUAAACAGUACCAACUCUGUGAGGCUUCAUCGAAACUCCAGCACAGAACCGUGUUUCCGAGACUUCGGUUUGGUGCCAGGUCUUUUCGGUAUUCUUCCUCCGAAAAUCGUGGCGCCAUGGCUGGUGCACUUCAGGGAGAGAAGCAGCUUUUUGAGAAGUUCUGGAAGGGCACGUUCAAAGCCGUGGCCAUGCCGCGACCCGAGAGCGUCAUCGUGGCCAGCAUAACCGCACGGAGAGCCGUGUCAAAGCUGGAGACAGCAGUUACCCUAGCACCUAAAGACGACAAAGAGAAAGUGGAAACUAAAGAUACAGUUGCAAAAACUCAUGAGAAAAACAGACACAUCAAACACAGAGGACGCAAACAUCGUAGCCACCACCGAGCUCGCAGUGUGUCUUUUGAUGCUGAUCUUUCCCCUCGGCUGGUGUAUAAAGCGAAGAAAAAGAAGAAGAAGUCAGAAAGGAAGAGGAGGAGACAAAGAACUCCCUCCUGCAGUCCAUCACAUGUGAGGAAGAAAAAGAAGAAGAAGAGCUCAAAGAAAAGCAAGCGACAUAGGUUUGCCUCAAGGAAGGGGAGACACAGUGGCUCGAGUCCCAGGCAUAAAAGAAAGGAGGACAAAAAACACAAAAAAAGGUCAAGGAGCCACUCUCGUCGUAAACACAGACACCGGAAAGUAAAAAUGAGAAGUUCCCCCUGCAUGGAAAACAGAUAUGAAGAUUGUGAAAAAGCUGGCUUCCACGAUGGUGGGCAUUCAUCAGCUGAUCACAGAGGCGAUGCAUGCAGUUCGGCAAUCAAGCUGACCAAUCAAAUCUCCUCUAAGUGCUGCUGCCGCCUCUCUGAAAGCACUGUCUCACCAUCACGUCCUUGGGUUGAGAGUUUAAACAAAAUGGUGAUCGUCCAGGACUCACUGUCCAAUAAGGGCAAAGAACAUGCAGAUUACGAUUCGGGAAAUGACACGUCCUCUCCGCCCUCAAGUAAAACUGGCAUCACGAGGUCAAAGGUUGUUGGAAACAGAAAGGUAUCAUAUCAAGAGUUGACAUCUCCAGUGAAGCUCAGACUAGCCGAUGGGGACAAUGCCUCAGAUUCAGGCAAUUCACUAACCAGCUAUGACUCUCUGGGUAAACCGAUGCUGAGAGACAAUACUUUACACAGCUCUGUCUUCAACAAGCUCAAAGGUGAGGAAAUAGGAAGAUACUCUGAUUUUGAGAAGACACCUCUGGGUCUUGGCACUGAUAGGAAUCAGAGUCCUUCUUAUGAUAGAUAUCAAAAUCGAACAAGAUCCCGCAGCAGAAGCACAUCAUCCCAAAGCAGAUAUUCAGGGCGCUAUUGUAGAAGCCGAUCCCGGUCCUCAGGGAGGAGAUCGUAUUCCCGCUCAUCCAGUUACUCACUGGAUUCACGGAGAGACAGUCUGUCUAGUGCGAGCUGUUGCCACAGUCUAAAUUACUCACGGUGCACACCAGACAGGUUUCGGGAGCGAAAAAGAAACUGCCGUUCCUGUGAGAGUAAAAAGCACAACAGAAGAAGACCUUGUUCCCCAAUGAGAAAGAGAAGAAGAGAUUCACCCAGCCAUCUCGAAGCUCGUAGAAUAACAAGUGCCAGAAAGAGACCCAUCCCCUACUACCGUCCCAGCCCUUCUGUCAGCAGCCGAUCCUCCAGCCUCCUCUCCUGGCGCCUGUUUUCUCUCAGUCGCAGCCGUUCGUGCAGUCGAAGUAAAAGUCGCAGUCACACUUAUUCCUCAUACAGAAGCUACAGUCGCAGCUCAUCAUGGAACUCUUUAUAUAGCAGACGCAGUCAGAGCAGAAGCUAUGACUCUGUGGUGAGCUAUAGCAGAGCCCGUCGCUAA